UUGGAGCACCGGAGCGCUAAAACGUGCGACUUGGGUUGCGCUGGAUCCACUUACCAUCAGAACAUCUCUCAUGCGUGGGGUGUCUGUGCUAAAUCAUGCGGAACAAGGCUCCGCAGGCUCCCCCGCCCCUCAACUGCGAACAAACGUUCAAAGUAAACAUGCGCUAUGCGAGAUCCAAAUCGUAAAUCGUGCUCGUGCUAACAUGCCAAUAUAUUGUGCAUGGCACACUUUCCCGUAGUGGGCAGCUAUUCAAGUCUUCUGAACAACGUUCCGUCCCGCUGCCAUGGAAAACCGUGGGACGGGAGUCGUCGCCAGCGAACCAUCUGCUUGGACGCCAGAGGAGCGCUUAGCGACACUCUAGAUGCGAGCAUCAUCGAUAUUUACCGUUGUCACUCGGCCCGCUCAUGUCAUUCGUUGCGGCCCGUUGCUGAGGAGUUACUAGACCCGAUGCUUAUCCGUGUGCAAGACACGUUUUGUGUUGAGAAAUUACAAAAGUGGUCUAAGCACGGGGGUGACGCCAUGGAGAUGAUAGCGCAAAGCGAUCAUGCAAACUCUUGUCGCGGUCCCAAAGUGCACACAAAGCCAAGGGUGGAUGUGAUCCGUGAGGUUAGUGUUGCUUGUUGCAAACUUGCAGGAUCAAAAAGUCUCCAGGCGAGUUUCGGACAUCCGAUUAAUGCGGACCCUGGAAAACUUCCAGCCCAUUGCGCAAUUCAGGUGUCAAUCUUAUCCAAGACAUCUGUAGAGGAAUCCGAGAGCCGGGUACGACCACACGUUCGGGCUAAAUACGAAGGUACCUUGGGCGCCGUCCACUCGGCUUGGCUGAUGGAACGUUCAAGGCAAUGUCGUAGAUAUGCCCGCCCCACUUGUGCCACAUUCCAAGAAACCCCAGCAGAUGAUUUGACUGAUCCGAGUGGCUCGAUCGUCCAGACAGUGAGGCUUUUGCGUGGAGUGAAAUGGGGCUGGAAAAGCUACAACUCUUCGGCAGCGGCACUAUUCCCAGUGGUCAAUGCCCGCAUUUUGCACUGUUAGCUGCCGAGCCGGAAUUCCCGCAAGGCGAUUUGUGCCAUCUAUCAGCCCGCGUAAAGCAUCAAGGGGCUGGACUAGAAUCUGUAUACCGUCAGUUCCGGCGUCCAUGCGGAAGACUUACUGUGCAUGUUCGCCACGCUGGACUGCAGCUACAUUAC